AUGACUUUUGGAUCUUCAGAUAACAAUGUAAGUUCUGAACAUCAACUUCCUGAAAUUCCAGCAAAAAUGUAUACUACUCUUAGGCCGAUGGUUUUAGAGUCAAAUAGAGUUUCAAUUCCAACUUGUACACCAACUAUGACUCAAAUCCCUAACCCUAACAUCCAGAAUCCAAACCAGAACCCUAACCAACCAAUUACAAAAAGGAAAUCCAACAAUGAUCCUCUUCUUAUACAUCCAGCCAAUCAUCCAGGCCUAAAUAUUACCUCAGCCAUUCUUACUGGAAGGGAAACUUAUUACGGAUGGAGUCUAAGUAUUAAGCUAGCUCUUCAAGCGAAAAUUAAGAUAGGUUUUAUUGAUGGUUCAUAUCCAGAACCAAAAGAUCAAGAAGAUGCAAAUCAAUGGGGUAUUGUUGAUGCCUUAGUUAGGGCAUGGAUUAUGAAUACGAUAGAGGCAAGAAUUGGAAGAAGAUUUCAAUCCAAGAAAACCAGUCGUGAUCUGUGGCUUGAGAUCAAGUCCAGAUAUGAAGGCAACAAUGGUCCGAGGAGGUACAACCUUAAAAAGGAUAUUAGCUUCGUCCAACAAGGUGACCUUGACUUAGAAGAAUACUAUUCAAAGGUGAGAUUGUUGUGGGAUGAGAUGAUGGGGUUAAAACCUCUAAGAAGAUGCAGAUGUAAAGGAAUUCGAGUUAAUUGUGAUGGAUGCUUUCUUGAAGCAGAAAUGCUUCAAGAUGAUGAAGAACUUAAGCUUCUUCAAUUUCUGAUGGGGCUUGAUGAUAAAUACGAGUAUGUCAAAGAUCAAAUACUCAUGCAAGAUCCAUGGCCAGACGUUUAUAAAUCAUUCACAAUGCUUCAGAAUGUCGAAAAGAGGACCAGACAGAAAAGGCAUUUUCAAGAAUCUGCAAUAGUGAUAAAAGAAGAAGGUGAAAGAGUUUAUCAUCCUCCAAACAAGAAUAAGAGUGCAAGUUGCACACACUGUGGAGGCAAAUGUCACAUGAAGGAUGGCUGCUUUAAGUUGAUUGGAUAUCCAGAAUGGUGGAAACAACCAAAAGAUAAUGUGAUCAAGAAAAGACCGUCAACUUCUGUUCAUGCCACUGUAGACAAAGAUGAUUUCUAG